UCAGUAUAGUCCGGAAGGUCCAGUAGUCACUUGGCUACCAAAACCCUUCUCCUCCUCCGCCGCCGGGAGGUUCAUGGCCUCCUCCGCCGCCGCCCGGUCCCGCGCCGCCGCCUCCGCCGCGUGGGCGCGCCUCCUCUCCCUGCGCCCCAGCCCUCCCGUAUCCUCCACCCACCAUCUAACCCUGCGGAUCGCCUCCCCUCGCCGCCACUUCGCCUUCUCCGCCAACGCCUCCUCCGGCAGCUCUAGGCUCAAGCAGAUCCAGAGCGAGCGGGUCAUCCACGACCUCUUCGCCGAGCUCCAGCGAGAGCGCCAGCGGGACCGCCAGGAGGAGGAUGAGGAUGAGGGUGAGGAUGAGGACUACCUGGGCGUCAAGCCGCUCAUCGAGAAGCUCGAGCGCCGCAGGGCCAAGGAGGAGGCCGCGCCGGACGAUUCCUUCUGGGAGCCCACCGACUCCGACAGUGACGAGGAGGACGAGCGCUACACCCCUGACGCCAUCAAGCGCCGCGUCGACGAGUUCGAGCGCAAGUGCAACCGCCACUCCGAACUCCUACGCUCCUUCGCCGAAGCCGAAACCCUUGACGAUGCCCACAAAUGGAUGACCAAGAUCGACAGAUUCGAGGAGCGCCAUUUGAAGCUUCCACUGGAGUACAGAGUCAUCGGCGACAUGAUGAACCGCCUCAAAGAUGCCACCGGCAAGGACCGCUUUCUUCUCCUCCAGAAGCUUAACCGAGCUGUUAGAAUCAUGGAAUGCAGGGAAGCAUACGAUCCCAGCAACCCCUCCAAUUUCGGGGUCAUCCAACACCAGCAGGUCGGCUCUCCGGAGGAUCUUGUGCUCAAUGCUGGCUUUGACAGGGAGAAGCAGAUGAUCCAAGGGGCUGGUGACGACGACGACGACGAGGAAUUCAAUGAAGACAAGGAGAAGGAUGAUCUGCUCAUAGAGAAGUUGAAUUCUAUCGAAAAGAAGAUCGAGGAGAAAUUAGCUGAGUUAGAUCAUACGUUUGGUAAGAAGGGCAGAGUUCUAGAGGAGGAAAUUAAGGAUCUUGUUGAAGAGCGCAACUCCCUCACGGAGCAUAAGAGGAGACCUAUGUACAGGAAAGGUUUUGACGUCAAGGUCAUUGAUGUUAAUCGGACGUGUAAAGUCACAAAGGGAGGCCAAAUAGCAAAAUUCACAGCAUUGUUAGCGACUGGAAACUACCAUGGUGUUGUAGGAUUUGCAAAAGCUAGAGGUCCGACAGCCAAGAUUGCAAUUCAAAGGGCUUAUGAGAAAUGCUUCCAGGACCUCCAUUACAUGGAGCGAUAUGAGGACCACACAAUUGCUCAUGCAAUUCAGGCCAAAUAUGAGAAGACAAAGAUAUACCUCUGGCCUGGACCAAUGAGAAGUGGAAUGUCUGCUGCUGGUAGGACGGUUGAAACAGUACUGUAUUUAGCUGGUUUCAGCAACGUCAAGUCAAAGAUUAUUGGUUCAAGGAACCCCCUGAAUGUUAUCAAAGCUCUCUUCAUAGCAUUAAACGCCAUUGAAACGCCAAAGGAUGUUGAGCAGAAGUUUGGGCGGACCGUGGUUGAGUCAUACUUAUUGUAGUCAUCAAUUUGUUUGUCCUGUGGAGCUCGCCAUCUGGCUGUGGCGAUGGACGUCCAAAGAAAGAGCUAAUUGCACAUCUAACCGUGUGAUGUGUGGUCUUCAUUUGUUUGGAUGUUGGUUUCUCUACACUUUGCCCUGCAACCGGCAGUCUGAGAUGUGAGACUGUAAUUUUUGAGGUGAUCGAUCAAUCAAUGCUUUAGUGCCAACGGCGCAGCACAUAGCAGAUGGCAAGAGAAGCAAACGUUUGAUUGAUGAUUCUUGCAUAAGGUGGCCUGCCCCUUUGGUAUGAGUCGUUCGUUUGGAUUUGUAACCAGAGGCUCUGCCUCACGCCUACUGUUAUGGUGGAUUGGCAAACCGGCCACAAUAUGCUGAUUUAGAGAUAAUAAAGUCCUUGAACAUGUGUAGCUACUUGGUUGAUUGAUGUCAUCCCGGAGAUUUGCAGACGCAUCGUGCAUUGCAUGCAUGAUGAUCAAUUUUAUUCAAUUGGCUGCCUCCAUAA